UAAUUGACAGUAAAUGCAGUAAAGAUAUAUUAAAACAACUUUUAACUCCUGAAACGCUUGAAAAAUGGCAAACAUUUGUCGAACAAAUAUUAGCAAAAAUCAACAAAACUCUAUCGACUCCUCUCGUAAACGAAAUGCCAAAUUCUGUGGCUAUGGAUGAAGAGUCUCUCCGACAACAGGAAAGCACUCUUCAACAGGCAUUCAUUGAAUACCAAAUGCAACAAAUGACACGAAAUCUUUGCACACAAAUAGCAUUCGCGGCCAACGAAUUCACUGAAGUUAACGAAAGCAUUCCCUCUCAAAUAGAUUCGCUCUCAAGAAUUAACUUCAACUUUGAGAACCAAUUGCAACAAAAGGACAAUAGUUUAGAGUUUGAGAAACUAUGUACUGAAAGAGCGAAGACAACAUGGUCGUCUCACAAUUCUGGACCAAUGGCUCCCAUACCUAUGGAAACAUCGAACCCGUGGGAGAACUUGAAUGCAACUAAAAUGGAAACAAAUACCACCACCUCUUCGGCAAUAUCACCCAUAGAACCCGACUCUUGGGCUGAUUUCAGCAGUUUUCCCACAAUUGAUUUCAGCGCGUCUGCAAUGAACAGAUCCGUUAGCAAUAGCGUCACUACUCCUCCGACUUCCUUAUCUUCAUCUGAAGCUCAGAUCCCAACGACUGACUUUCCUGAGAGCACGACAAGCGAUGAAGCAUUGCUGGCAUCACAAGUGGGCUCGAGUUCGAGCGCCGAUUCUGCCGGUGCUGUCAAUUCAUUAGAAGAAUCGCAUUUUGCAAAGAACUCGAGUGACGAUCAGGAGAAUGUGGUCACAUCUUCGACUAGUGAUUCCAUACCGAAUGGUCCCAACUCUUGAACACAUCCUGUAUUUUGAGCCAUUGUUUUAUUAGAAGUGAUAUAAUAAUUAUUACUAAAUGAAUCUAUCUCAACAAUUGAUAUCAUACAUGUGUAUAGUAUAUCAAUUCUGUGAGAUAUAUAUUAAAUUAAUAAUUAAAAUAAAAA